AGUGGACGCCCCAUGGGCAAAGGCAGUCUACCUUGUGAGGGGAUGGCCGUCCAUUCUGCUGAGCCCCUCCUGUGUCCUAGGGGGAGAGCGAGAGCGGGGGUCUCCUGCCCGGGGUGGGGUGAUGGGUGAGUGGGCACCCCCCCUUUCUGCAUCCCCCCUCCACCUGGGGUUUUUCCAGCCCUUCCUUCCCCCCGUUAUGGACGAGGGUGGGCGAUGCUUUCUCUUUAAAUAAAUGGAAUAAGUAUGCCAAUGCGAUACCCCCCCCCCCAAAAAAAACCCUUUCUCGUUUCACAUACAUGGACUUACUUUUUACCUUUAUAUACCGCUAUUCAUCUAAGAAACUUGCCAGCGUGUUUUCCUGACAACCCAAAGAUGACUGUGCUAGAAUGUUUUUAACAGUACUUUUUAGCUUUGGGAGGGGGAGCUGUUGUUUGUUUAUUUUGUUUAUGUUUGCCGCUCUGGGCUCCAUUGGGAGGAAGGGCGGGAUAUAAAUUCAAUAAAUAAAUAAUCCUCCCCAUCAAUUUUAAGCUCACAACAGCCCUGUAGAGUAGGUUGGGCUGAGAGAUGGCACUUGCCCCAAGGACACUCUGUGAGCUUCAUGGCUGAGUGUCUCUCAGUUCUAAUCUGACCACUACACCACAUUGUCUCUCUCUGUUUCCCCCUGUCCUUCUGCCCCACCUGGUGGGCUGCUGGCCAGUAGACAGAUUGCUCUUGUCAGAAAUCUGAAGCGAUCACCUAUCAGGCUCUGUGUGAAGGCAUUGCUGCUACUGAUCCUGUCCCGCGCAAGGAGGGAGCGUGGCAGCCAGCAUGGAUUUCUCCAAGUUCCUGGCCGAUGAUUUUGAGGUGAAGGCCUGGGUGAACGGGGCUUUCCGGGCAGUACAGCAGGAAGCCCCAGGCAAGGUGGAUGCCCAUGCAGCCACGCUGGUGAUGAAGCUGCAGCUCUUUAUCCAAGAAGUCAACAAUGCUGUUGAAGAGACGAGCCACCAGGCGCUCCAGAGCAUGCCCAGAGUUCUCCGGGAGGUGGAGGCCUUGAAGCAGGAGGCAACUUUCCUGAAGGAGCAAAUGGUCCUAGUGAGGGAAGAUAUUAAGAAGCUGGAACAGGAUACGGCCCAGUCGAUGCAGGUGUUGGUCAAGCUGGAUCAUGUGAAAUCCAGGAUGCAGCUGGCGGCUGACUCGCUCCAGGAAGCAGACAAGUGGAGCACCCUUGGCGCUGAUAUCGAAGAGACAUUUAAAACGCAGGACGUGUCUGUGAUCUCAGCCAAGUUGACCAGCAUGCAAAGCAGCCUGGCUGUGCUGGUGGACACCCCAGACUAUUCGGAAAAGUGUGUGCACCUGGAGGCGCUCAAGAACCGCCUGGAGGCGCUGGCCAGCCCCCAGAUUGUGGCUGCUUUCAAUGCUCAGUCUGUUGAUCAGGCCCGAGUGUUUGUCAAAGUCUUCACUGAAAUUGACCGGAUGCCGCAGCUUCUGGCUUACUACUACAAGUGCCACAAGGUGCAGCUGGUAGCCGUAUGGCAGGAUCUCUGCCAAUCUGACCUCCCCUUGGAUCGGCAGUUGGCGGAGCUCUAUGAUCUGCUGCUUGGAACAUGGCACUCGCAGCUGCAAUGGGCCACACAGGUUUUCAAGAACCCCCACCAGGUUGUGGUUGUUCUGCUGAUCCAGGCGCUGGGCGCUUUGGUGCCCUCGAUACCCAUCUGCCUGAGCACCACCAUGGAGCGUGCUGGCCCCGAAAGCAAGCUGAGCCGCCUCCUGGGGCUGUAUGAUGCCACCACCUACUUUGCGCAUGGCCUGGAAGCUGCCAUGUUGCCCAGCUUGAGGGAGUGCGACUUGGUGAAAGUGACGGAGCUGGUGGAAGCUGUCUACAGCCCCUACAAGCCCUUCCAGCUGCAAUACGGGGCUCUGGAGGAGGGAGACCUCCUCAUCCAGAUGAGCGCCGUCCCUUUGGAGCACGGAGAGGUCCUCGACUGCGUCCAGGAGCUCAGCCACUCGGUGAACAAGCUGUUCAGGCUGGCCUUGGCAGCUGUGGACAACUGCCUCAAGCUGACGGAUGGGCUGGGCGUGGGUGGCCUCCUCAAGGCCUUACGAGCCCUUUUCAGCAAAUAUGCCUCAGACUUCAGCAACGCCCUGCAGUCUAUCAGGAAGAAGUGCAGGUUGGAGGACAUCCCUUCGGAUUCGCUCUUCCAAGAAGACUGGACCGCCUUCCAGAACGCGAUCCGGAUAAUCGCCACCUGUGGGGAGCUCCUGCGCCAGUGUGGGGACUUUGAGCAGCAGCUGGCAAACAGGAUCCUCUCUGCCGCAGGGAAGUAUCUUUCAGAUUCCUACUGCCCCUGCAGUCUGAGCGGCUUGCAGGACUCUGGCUCGGAGAAGCAGAGUCCCAUCAAGAACCCCUGGCAGGAGAACAACUACCUGCAGCAAGAAAGCCCCGCUGAGUACGCCGCCCUCCUGGAGACCCUCUACACUCUCAAGGAGAAAGGGACCAGCCACAACCUGCUCUCAGCAUCGCGGUCGGCCCUCAUGCGCCUCAACCAGAUUGCCCACCAGCUGGCCUUUGAUUCCGUUUUCCUUCGCAUCAAGCAACAGCUUUUGCUAGUCGCCAAGAUGGAGAGCUGGAGCACGAGUGGCACCGGUGAGAUGCUCACAGACGACCUGCCCACCUUCAGCCUCACCCCGCUGGAGUACAUCAGCAACACCGGCCAGUACAUCAUGUCCCUCCCUCUGCACCUGGAGCCCUUUGUCACCCAGGAAGACUCUGCGCUGGAGUUGGCCUUGCAUGCUGGGAAGCUGCCCUUUCCUCCAGAGCAAGGCGAUGAGCUUCCCGAGUUGGACAACAUGGCAGACUAUUGGCUGGGCUCCCUCGCCAGGGCCACAAUGCAGACGUACUGCGAGGUCAUCCUCCAGAUCCCUGAGCUCACUCCUCACUCCACUAAGCAGCUGGCCACCGAUAUUGAUUACCUGGUCAACGUGAUGGAUGCUCUGGGCCUCCAGCCUUCCAAGGCUCUGCAGAACAUCGUUGCCCUCCUGAAGACCAAAGCAGAGGACUACAAGCAGGCGGCCAAAAACUACCCCCGGCGCUUGGCCAGCAGCAUUGCGGCCAUGAGGAGCCUGGAUUACUGAGUUCUUGAACUUCUGGGCCGGAGUUUGGCAUCUUCAACGGGCACCUUCAUGCGGAAACAUCGUCAGGUGUGCCGAGGCCUUCGUGGUGUGCUCCUUCCCAGGUGCUCUGAGGGACUCUGUUGGAGUGCAGUUGAGAUGUAGGCAGAUGGUCUAUUUGUCAGUAGCUCUAUAAAUUUCUUAAACAGUCA